AUGAUCUCCAAGUCGUUUCCAGAAGUGGAUCAUUUCGUCCCGGUAGGACCAAGCAAAGAAAAGCUCGAGUUCGCCGACCUCGAGGUAUUGGACUUCGCGCGAUAUAAUGACGGGGCUUCUGCGCGACGCGCUCUUUCAGAGCAGGUCCACCAGGCGAUGACCACGCACGGAUUCUUCGUCAUUGUCAAUCACGGCAUCAGCGAGGAACUCAUCACACGCUUGGUCGACAUAGGUCACACCAUCCUCACUCGGACACCAGCUGAGGAGAAGGAGAGACUGAAGGCCGAUAUGGUGGGGAAAGGAGAGUACCCGGGCUUCAAACCUCGCGGACACUGGAAGUCUGGGGACUCCAAGAGCGGCGAUCGGAUUGAGAACUUCAAUGUCAACCGGGAUCUGACUUUGCACACCCAACCUGCGUCACUCGAGCCGUUUCGCGCCGAGAUCACAAGCUUCAUCGAAACGGUGCACAAGAGCAUCCUAUACAAAAUCCUUCGCCUGUUCGCUUCGGCCCUACAGAUUCAGGACGAAGACUACUUCGUCAAAUUGCACGAUUAUGACAAGCACGAUGAGUCUUGGUUUCGAUGGAUGGAGUACUACGAUGACGCUCGCAAUGACUCUUCCCCCCUCGACCAGGCGAACAAACAGUCGCUCUGGAUGGGUGGCCACCAAGACCUGAGCGCGCUGUCCCUCCUGUUCAGCCAACCCAUGACAACAUUGCAGGUACGUAACUAUGAGGACGAUUCGCAGUGGAAAUACGUGCCACACAUUCCCGGCGCCAUCAUCGUCAACGCCGGCGAGCCUAUGAUGUGGUGGACCGGCGACUACUUCAAAGCCUCAGUGCACCGGGUCGUUGAACCGCCAGUCGACCAGAAGGGUCACGACCGCAGCAGCACAUUUUAUUUUGUGGUGCCCAACGACGACAUUGUCAUCAACACGCUCCUCGAGCAGAGUCCCCUUUUGCGUGAGGCCGGGGUGAAGAAGUGGUUCAAGGACGGCGAGGCGCCGACGAGCAAGGAGUGGGUCAAUAACCGCAUUCGAGUGACGGGUCGCAGGGCCUUGUUCCAAGACGGCGAGAAGGGUAACAGCGUACAACAGAAAAUUGGGAAUGUGACGACAACAUGGUUCAGAUGA